GAGGAGGGACCCGGAAGCAGAAGCGCAGCCGCCAGGCGAGCCGAGUCGCUGCCCCCGCUGCCCGCCGGCGCCGGGUGGGGGUCCCGGCGGCUGGAUGGGCAGCGGCGGCGCGGGCCGCGGGCGGCGAUGGGCGAGGAGCAGAGCACGGUGAGCGGCGGAGGGCCCCAGGAGGCGGGAGACCCCGCCGGGGCCGCCGCGGGCCGCCCCGAGUCCCCGAGGCCGCGGGGGGACGGCGGCGGGGCGCCCGGGCCGUGCACCGCCUCCGCGGACCCGAGUGGCGGUGGCUGCGGAAGCGACUCGGACUGCGCGGACCCGAGCGCCCCGGAGCCCGCACCGAGCCGGCGGGCCCCGGGCUGGACGGAGAUCCAGGCACCCAGGCAGCCCGCGGGACUGGCACUCACCGUGCCCCUCAACCCCCAGACUUUGCAACAGCAGCUGCGAGGGGAGGAGGAAGAAGCUGGGGACCGAAAAGAGGGAGGGGAUGAACAGCGGGAGGUGUCCCCCGGAGAGGAGCCGAAGCCGAGGACCCGCGUGGGGUCCCCGGACGCGCUGGUCCUGGACGUGCUGGGUCAGCGGCGCCCGCCCCCCGCCAAGAGGCAAGUCUUCUGCUCCGUGUUCUGCGUGGAGAACGACCUGCCCCAGGACCCCACCGCGGAGCAGCUCUCGCCGCCCGCCUCGCCACCUCGGGCUCCGCCGGUGAUGGACCCUCCCAGCGCCCCCGCCUCCUUUCCGAGCCCCCGGCUGUCCCUCCCAACGGACCCCCUGUCCCCCGAUGGCGGCAGCAUCGAGCUGGAGUUCUACCUGGCGCCCGAGCCGUUCUCAGUGCCCAGCCUGUUGGGAGCUCCACCCUACUCUGGCCUGGGUGGGGUGGGGGAUCCCUAUGCGCCCCUCAUGGUGCUGAUGUGCCGGGUGUGCCUGGAAGACAAGCCUAUCAAGCCCUUGCCCUGCUGCAAGAAGGCCGUGUGCGAGGAGUGCCUCAAAGUCUACCUGAGCUCCCAGGUACAACUUGGCCAAGUAGAAAUCAAAUGCCCAAUCACAGAAUGCUUUGAAUUCCUGGAGGAAACAACCGUUAUCUAUAACUUAACCCAUGAAGACUCCAUCAAAUACAAAUACUUCUUGGAACUUGGCCGUAUUGAUUCCAGCACCAAGCCAUGUCCGCAAUGCAAGCACUUUACAACCUUCAAGAAAAAAGGACAUAUUCCCACCCCUUCCAGAUCAGAAAGCAAAUACAAAAUCCAGUGCCCCACUUGCCAAUUCGUCUGGUGUUUUAAGUGCCACUCUCCUUGGCAUGAAGGUGUUAACUGCAAGGAGUACAGAAAGGGAGACAAACUGUUGCGUCACUGGGCCAGCGAAAUUGAGCACGGGCAGAGGAAUGCCCAGAAGUGUCCAAAGUGCAAGAUCCACAUCCAGAGAACUGAAGGAUGUGAUCAUAUGACCUGUUCACAAUGUAACACUAAUUUUUGUUAUCGAUGUGGGGAGAGAUACCGCCAGCUCCGUUUCUUUGGAGACCACACAUCAAACCUCAGUAUAUUUGGAUGCAAAUAUCGCUACCUCCCAGAGAGACCUCAUCUAAGGAGAUUAGUGAGAGGGUCUGUCUGUGCUGGAAAAUUAUUUGUUGCACCUCUAAUCCUGGUCCUGGGAUUAGCACUAGGGGCCAUAGCAGUUGUAAUCGGUUUAUUUGUAUUUCCUAUCUAUUGCCUUUGUAAAAAACAGAGAAAACGAUCACGGACAGGUAUGCACUGGUGAAAUGCAGAUGAUUUCAUCUAACUAAGCUGGUCCUGGUAGGAGCUAUACAGAAGGGCACACCCAGCGGAGAGCCGCGUCCUGAAACAGACCGAGAGGAACCCUCCACCAUCCGGAGUCCCCGUGGGUCUCUGCAGUCCACAAUGCCUCUAGCUCCGAUGCACUCCCAACAUGGUAUCCUGUCCUUCCCUUAUACUGAUUGCUGCUUUUAAACAAUGGUCACUUCUUUACACUAUAAACAUCUGUACCAUAAUUCUGACCUUCUUAUUGUGUCUUGGAAGAAAUUAUUUUAGACAAGAACCAGUUACCCUCAGAAUUGUCUGAGAGUGCCUCGCCUGAAAAUUGCUUGGACUGUCUUUGUACCUGAACCCUCCUCCGUGCCAUCCUGUUAGACUUGGUGUGAACAGCUGAAGUCCCAGCUGUUCCAACAAACAAAGCCACUUCUCAGAAGAUAAAGGCUCACACAUACUCCUGUUCUCAUCUGUGGCCCAAGCAGUACAGUUCCUUCAUCCUUCAGAUGACAUACUUGUCAAAAAUCUCAGUGCCCGAAAGGGAACUAAAGAAACUAAAUUAAUAAAAAGAGUCAUGAGUUACUGAACUGUAUAUGUGUAGGGAUAUGAAUGUGAUGUGUGUGUGUAUAAAUAUCUGUGUUAAAACGAGGCCCAAUAACCCUGUACUUGUCAAGUUCCAUGCCUCUAUACUAUUUUUCCACGUUUUCAUAGAUAUAUUUAAAGGUGAUGGUUCCUUUGUGGGCGUAAUUUGGGAGUGUGCUGAAUUAAAGUCGAUAUAGACAACAGGCUAUUUUGAUGUUGACCCUUUCUAUUUCUUGCUCUCUCUUCCACACACACACACACACACACACACACACAGAAGUGUGUGCCUCAUCACCCCAAGGAUUAUCAAACUUUAUAAAAGUGACAAAACUCACUGACUGAUUUUUAGCAAAUUUUCAAGACCUGAACAUUCAGUCUUUUCCAAUUUCAUCUAUUUUGGCAUACAUGCUUCACUAUAAGAAUAAGUCCUUUAGGCAAAAUUAGUUAAUUUAAGUAGCAAGUCUGCUGUAGAGAGAAUUGCUGACGCCUUCAAAUAAUCUUUAUUCUGCUAAAUUUUUAAACAACUUGUAAUUACUGAUCAUUUUGCUUUAGGUAAAGGUGUAGUAUUACUAGCUACCCCACCCUCUUUCUUACCUCUUUAUUUCUCUCUCUUUUUAAUCUGUCCCCAAGUUUUUCAUGAAAACAAAUACUAGUUUUGAAACAUUUUCCUUAUGUUUACUGCUCACAUGCAUAAUAAUAUGUUGGUAUCUUACAGAGGGAUAAUCUGAAAACAAAACUUUUGUGUUUAUAGGUUUAUUUAAAAUAUAAACUGCUUUUGGAGAAAGAAACCAAAAAAUGAAGGAAAUAUUUUCAGGAAGUUUUACCAAGCUGAGAUGUCUUUAAAUAUAAGAAAAGGACAAGUAACUAAAUUAUGUUACUCCUUUGUUCUCAUCACUAAAGUUCAUCGUCAGAAAGGAAGUAAAGACCCCUAAGAAGCCCAGUUUUUAUUUGUUUCCAAUCCUUAAAAAUACCUAUCUGCAUAGACAUAGCAUUAAUUUAAUAGCAACCUUGUGUGAAUUGAAAUAGAUUAUGUGAGAAAACAUGCAUUAACAUGGAUAGGUUGUCUUGUUGGUCUCCAAGGUUUAAGAACAUUUAUGACUUUUAUUUAACCUAAGAAGUUCUUGAUAAUGAAGUUUACUUGCAUAGAUAACAAGCCAGCACAUUUCCAUUCUUUCUAAAUGACACUCAGAAUAGCUACACUAUAGCUUCGGGACAAGACAGUUUCCAGCUAGAGGAGGGUGUACCAUGUAUGGUUCUGUAAUGACAUAUUACUGAAGCAUAACAUGAUACAAGAAAAAGUGAUGUGCUUUAGUCUUACAAAAUAUAGUUCCUUUCAGUCAUCUGUCCAUCCAUUCAUUUGACAAAUAUUCAUUGAGCCUAUACUACAUGCUGUAGUGUUAAACUGAGAGAAGGAGAAUUUCCAUCAUGAAUCCAUGUAAUUGUGUCAUAUAAAGUGCUAAAUGUUUGUGAACUUGCCUUUCCCAGACUUAGGUGUUAGUUAGACAAUAUGUGAGUAUGAUCAUUCUAAAUCUAAUGAAUAUGUUUAUGUAUGAUAUAUAUUUAUGUAUAUAUAAUAUUUCCAUAGAAAUAUAUGGGCAUAUGUAUUAUCCAUGUAUUUAUGUAUGAUAUAUGUGUAUACAUAUAUAAUAUUUGCAUAGGUACAUAUAAAUACAGAUGCCACAUACAUAUAUACCAACUGACUAAAUAAUGUGUCCUCUGGUCUUAGAUAAUCUGUCUUCUUAGGCCAUUGUAUCUGUCAUCUUUGGCCUACUCAGGGAUUUUUAUUUCUUUCUUUGAAUAACUUAUCUUUGGGAAAUAUUUUUAUAUUAUUUGGAAACGUCCCAGUUUCCAGUUACAAAGUGGCAUCUGUUCAGUGCAGGCUGCCCCAUCACCACCACACAGGCGUGCACCAUGGGGCACAGGGCCGUCCUUGUCCUGGAGCGCUGACUUUUUAAAGCUCAUGGAUGCGUAGCUCCUGGAAUGAAUUCUAAACUACUUUAGAGAAAGAAACAUACACACAAAAGACAUAUCUUUCUAUCCAAAGCUUGUCCUUUUAUGUUUUUAUUAUAAAUUUAAUAUACAAAGGUGGGCAAAAGGAGGUCUACAAUUUUUCAUAUGCAAAAUAAUACAAUAAUUAAUAAAUAAUAAUACGAGAAUAAACUUUUGCAUACUUGUAACUGUAAAGCUACUUUUUCCCACCUCCAUAUACCUUUUGUAAAAAAAUCAAAACCAUAUAGAAUUAUAAAACACAAAUUUAUCUGUUUAACUGACCCCUUAUUGUCUAGGGGUAGCCACUGGUAGUCAUUUGGUUUUUGUUUUUCUGGACACUUUCUACAGAUGUACAAGUAAAUGUCUGUGUGUACACAUAUCUGUGUGUAUAUUAGUUUUGUACAAAUGGAAUAAUAACAUUCUUACUGUCCUGUGACUAUUUUUAUUUUAGUAUAUAUUGGUAGACACUUUUCCAUAAGAGUUUAAAUAGAUUGUCUCAUUCUUUUGUAAAUUACUACAUAUCCCACUGUGAAGCUAUACUUUAAUUUAUUUAAUCAGUCCUCUAUUGAAUGGACAAGAUUGUUUUACUUCUCUAUAUAGAGCAUCACUGAAGAUCCUUUACAUAGAUUGUUGUCACUUUGUGUUGACAUUCCCAUAAUUUUUAAAUUUGGUUUUUAUAAAACAUUUGUAAUAAAAUUUUAGUACAUUUUCAGUGAAGGAGGUCAUAGACAUCAUUAGUAUAUUUGAUAUCUUUUUCUUAGAUGAAAAAAGAUUACAUAGAAGUGCAUAAUUUUUAAAGAAAAAGCAUCUUUUGCAGGAUAAUUUUACUCCUGCUUAAUAGCCAAAUACAAAUCUGGCCAAAGCAUAUAAAAGAAAAUGAAUCUUAUUCCAAUUAAAAUAACAUGUAAUAAGAUGUCUACAAGAUAUGCAAGAAAGAUGCAUUGAUAUUUGGAUGGCCUAGUUGUAAAACUUGAGGGAUUUAAAUAAAAUAACCAAAUCGGUCACAUUUGUCACAUUUUUAGUAAACACUAUCCAUGUUCAUGCAUGUUGCUGCACAAAGGAACUUAAUUCUGCCAUUGUGAAAAGUAGGAAGCAGUAUGUUGCCAAUUAUGAACGGCCACAGUUAUCCAUAGGAAAAUAAAUAGAUUGUAUGUAAGGUUUGGUGGUUUGUUGGGAUGUUUAAAAUUGUGGAAUAACGUGAAAACAUUCCUCGUACAAUGAAUCCUAGCCGUUCCCUAAGAACCUCUGACUGUGGAGGUAAUGCAGGGGGUCCAACCCUUUGGUACAAACAAUAUCCUCUUUCCACCCCUUGAUUUUCUGAUAGGUGCUAUUGUAUCCUGAAAGUAAAAGAGACAGGAAAACAAUCGAAAGAUAAUUAAAUACCAGUCAAGUCCAACCUGAUAUCCUCAAUGGUACUUUCUCGGCAGUGGUGUCCGGAGUCAGUGGUGCCUGUCAGGAGGUACCUGUCCUAACACCCACCAUCUCCUGAGUCCCAAAGCCCAAGCUGAGCCUUUAUCUUUCAAUCCUGCCACCCAAAUCUAUGGCCCAUGGCUCCCCUAACAUACCAUCAAACCACCACAACCUCUCCCAGUCCCCGGUGACUCUCCCCAACCUCAUUUAUCUCCACUCCUCUGCCACUCUAGCUCCUGUUGACUAGAAGGCAAGAGGAGGGACAGGAGUGGGUGAAAACUCACUGUGGCAAGUGCAACGCAUCAGUAUUCCUUCCUGACCUUUGUCAGAGUACAGUACAUUUGUCAAGACACCAAUCCAGCUUCUCCCUCUUUCUAAUGUUUUUAACAUUAGACUUUUGUGCUGCCUGCCCAGUUAAAUUCAUAAUUAUGUUUUUAAAAACUUAGUGGCCUAAAUAAUACUAAUUUAUGUACUUCAUUAAGUAACCCAAAAUUUUUUUAAUAAAUUUAUGCCAAAAGCCAUUUAGAUUUUAAUUUUAUAAGUAAGCUGCACAUAUGCCUUAAUGCGAGUCUUCCCAUUGGGUUUGUGUGCUUAUCCUUUCCUGUUUGUGGCUGAAAUCUAUCCCAGCUAUUGAAAGUAAUUCUUCUUGUGGUCAGCUUUAUUUUUUGUGCUAAUAUCUAUUAGUAAUAUAGCCUUAAAAUCAAUGCACUUUAAAAUAUUUGUGCCAUUUAAAUAAUUUGACAGAUUUAAAGAAACUGAUUACAUAUAUUUGAUGGAGGCAGUAGAAUGACAGUGUUAGCAAAUAUGUGUCACUUCUUUAAACCUGGGGUGCAAUCUGAAGCUGAAAAUUUAGAGCAAGUAAAAUAUACCUAAAAAACUGUAGCCAAGUUUCUGAAAUUAUAGUAAUCUUAGAAAUUGGUAUUAGGAGUUCAAACAUAGCAAGCAAUUAAUAAAUGUUACCUUAUAACCUUGUUAAAAAUAUUUGUUUAAAAUACCAAGUUAAUUUCUACUGCAAGUUUUAAAUGCAUUUUCAUAUUUCAUGAAAUCUCUAAAACAAAUUCCAUUGACUAGAAAUAAAAGUAAAUGAAAACUGUCACCAAUAGCAAGUUUGAGAGUAUUUGUUUUUCAAAUCCUCACAACAUAAUUAUGGCAUUUUCCACCUCCUAUGGAAAAUAAGUUCCAAAAUCCCAUUUUUAGUAUGUACAAUCGCACUUAUUACUUUAAUACAAUUGAAAUGAUUUUAUAGAAUUGUCAAGAUAUGAUCUGAACAAAAACAGAGGCCCAAAAGUUGGGGAGUAUUCAAGGCUGUAAAAUAUUAUCUAUUGGAUGCAAAUCAGUGAUGCAAACCUUUAAAAGAGAAAUGCAGUGGAACUCUUUGCAACUGUGGUUCUAAGGAUACAAUACUUGUUUCACAGUUAACAGUGUGGGGGCUUCCAUUGUGCAUCACUGCUGGGAGGCUGGUAGCUCAGUUGGCAUAACCAAAUCCAAGAAGCAGAGUCACAGUAGUGCAAGACUUGUAACUGUCCUUUUGGAGCAUUACCUGAAGCUUUCGUAUUUCACAUACAUAGUGCCAAUUUUAGAAGCAUGUAAUUAUGCCUGUGACAAACUAUAUUUUUGUUUUGCCUAAAGAAGAGAAUACUGUUUUGAGAAUAACAAAAUGGACAUAAAAGGCAAUAAAUUAUUUUUUAAAAAACACACAAAAGAUUGCCAAUGCUUUUUCUUCCACUUCCUUUCAGCUCAUAAAAAUAAAUUUCAUUAUGUGUUUUAACUGUACAUUACCUAAAUUAUGCAGACUUAUUACAUUAAAAAUAUUUUUUCAGAUCUAUCCCACAUUUUAGUUACUCCAUUCCAUCAUUAAUAUAAUUGUUUAAGAUGAAACAGUUAUUUUUUCUAUUUAAUCGGUAUUGUAUUUUUCCAUUAAUAUUAAAUGACUUUCUUCCCUGCUUGUGAAGUGACACCCUCACACUUCAAUGUCAUGUUUCUAUUUUCUUCUAGAUUUCUUGGUUGUCUUAACUUUUUCGCUCUGCAGUUCCCUUCCCAUUCUGGCCAAACGUGGCCUAAGCUCUUCUCAUGAUUAAUUCCUUUGACUCUAAUGAAAUGAAAUUCAAACACUGAAAGGACUUCAUAAUUUGGCAAUGGUAGUGAACAUAAUUUCCUUUCACUUAUUUUAUCUGUAAAUUGAAAUGUAUCAGGAGAACCUGGACAGAGUUGGAGAACCCUACCCAGCCCUCUGACAAGAAGUUAAAUGAAUGAGAAGAUGUCAGUUGGAUAAUAGAGCCUAAAAUACUCUACCACCAAGCUUCAGGAAUUGCUUCACGAAUACUUUAAGGUCAAUAUUGUGUUUGCCUAUUAGUUGAACAGCAAUCGUGUGUGGACAUGCAUCCAAGCUUGACACCGAGUCAUUCAUGAUUCAUCCAAAAUGGCUAAAUGUAUGUAUGGUUUAUAGUCUUUGUUUUAGCCAAAGUCCUACAGCUUGGACUGGGGGCUGCAUUUAUAUAUAUAAGUGUAACAUUUGUAUAUAAUACUCAAGCAUGAAUUCAUAAUUAGGACUUUUGAACACAUAAAAUAGAUCACAUUGACUCCAACUGAUAUUAGCCCUAUUCUGGAGAAAUCAUUUGUUAUUUGCAAAUGGUCAACUUCUUCAUUGAUAGGAUUUAGAUGUAAGCCACACUCAAGAUACACUUAGUAUUGGUUUAGUACAUGAUGUGGGGAAGUCAAUCAGCUAUUAAAGAGUCCCAGAAAUUGCAAAAAUAGAUACCUCCUUGUAGCUGGCAAGCCACGCUUUCAUCAGCUCCCUACAGGGUUGUUCGGUGUUCCCCUCAUGCCCCACGUGGGGAAAUAGUCUUAAUAAUCUGGUAAAUUCUUAAAAAUAACAUUCUUUUCAUUAACCAUUAUUUUCUCAGUUUGUCCAAAUAUACCUUCAUUGUUCAUUUCAAGUAAAUACUACCUAGUAUUUUAUAUAAAUAUUAUGCUUUAUGUUCCUUUAUAAAGAAAAUUCUGGAUAAAGUAAUGAUUUUUUAACAGCUAACUAUAAACCCUUUUUCUAAAAUGCAUUUUUCUAAAAGUUCCAUAUGGCAAUAGUUUACUUUGGUACUUGAUCAUUGUCAUUAUAAUUAAAAUUCUGUAGAUGGUAUUGAAAAAAGUAAACCAACCUUAUAAUUUAUAUGAAACCUAGAACAGUCAUUGAUAUAUAUCUAUGUAGAAAUAGACAUAUAAAUCCAUUUACUUUGACAAGGACAAUCUGUUACAGAUUUUUAAUAUCAAAGUUAAUUGACAAUCUUGUUGCUUAUGAAAGCAAUUAUUAAGUAGUAAAUUUUGAGAGAUCACAGAAAUAAUUUUAUGUAGAAGAAAUACAAAACAGUAGCAUUAAAAUGUUAUGUUAGCACAUUAUUUAUUAAGAUGCCACAAUGAUUAGUUUAUUUUUAUUUUAAACAAAAUUGCUUAUAAGACAUUCAUGAAACAAAUAUAUUUAUAUGUAUGUAUACCUAUUGUAAACUGGGACAAUUAAAUUAUUCACAUUCACCUUUUUCACAAAGAGUGUAAACUACUAAAAUGGAAAUGUUUGGAUGUUUAAUAUAUUACUAUAUAUUCAGAAAUUGCAGUUCUAAGAAAUAAUUGUCAUGUCCUAUUUGAAAUAUCAGAAUAUAUCCCAUUUUAAUUAAAUUUUCAUGAGCAAUAGCAAAUGAGAAGAAAUUUUUAAUUGUAAGGUGGAUGACUUUCACUAGUAGUUUGUUCCAGAUCUUGUUCAUCAUUUCUUUAUAUUAUGAUUUUUCAUUUUGUGUAAAAUUUGCAGUUAUUUUCCAAAUAAUGUGAUAAUAUUUUUGUUUAAAAUUAGACUAGUUGAACAGAGAUUUUCUUUCCUACAUCAAUGAUAUUGGAAAAUAAGUAAUUUUACUGUAAUCUUGUAAUCUUGAUAUCAUGUAGAAAUCCCUGAAAUAAAAUUGGAAAGGAAAAAUAAAUUCUGUUGAAAUGAAAAUGUUGGGAAAUAAGGAGUAUUUAGGAUCUUAAUUUCUUACUAUUAGAGUAAUCAGCUUCUUAUUGCCAAAUGAUUAUUUUGGUGUGUUGGUUCCAUGAAUUGUGCUUUUAAUGUAAUGUAUAAUUCUCCCUGUUUUACUGAAAAGAAAUUGGUGAAUAAAAGCUAGGGAAACUGGGCUCAUUACCAUUUUCCAAUAGCACUAAUGUAUAGUUCCCUUUAACCUUUCAUACGGUGCUUUGUGUGAUGAGAGUAUGUAACAUUUAUAUAUGUUAUCGGUGCCUUAUUUUUUUCACUUGACUUUAUUUCUUAUCUAAAGAGCCAUAUAUUUUUUGUGAGUAUUCCUUAGUCCCUCUAUUUAAAGCCCUGAUGAGACAAUGUACCUUUAGGGUUAUAUAUAGACUGCAUAUUGCUACCUUUCCGCUGUAUUAUCUCUAGAACAGCAGGUUAGUUGAUGUAUUUUUCUUAAAUUCAUUGUUCAUUGUUAAGGUGAAGUAUUAAAAGUAUAUUAAACACCAUAAAUUGAAACCAUUAUAACUGAAACACAUUUUUAAACCACAAAAAAGAAUGAUGAUUAAAGUUUAAAACAGGAGGUAGAAUGUCUAUCAGUCUUUAUCUAUAGUUCUUAUUAACACACAGUUUCAUUGAAAAAAAACAUUAAAAAUAAAAGAACUUGACCAGAUCUCUACAAUUUGUCUUUGGCAAUAUGUUAUCUGUCAUCGACGUCCACACGGAUGCUGAAAGACCAUGGUGUUUGCAGUUUAUGUGUGGUUAUUCAUUCACAGUGGGCUGUAUCAACAUCAAGACAUUUUGUAUAAUAUAUUAUUUUGCUCGUGUUGGUCUUGCUUUUUGUGUUAGCUUUAUACAAAGACUAGUUUUGUUGUAUUCUUUAUGUACUAUAGUAUAUAAUUCAACUUUUCAUGAUGAAUGUAUAAUGAAUAAUUAAAAUAAAUCAUAUGCUUAGAAAAGACAAAGACACAGGCUGUAUAUGCAAAUAUGUGUAAAUAUUUGACAAAAAAAAAGGAAAAUAAUCUUCCUGCCAAUAGAUAUGUCCUGCUGGACAGGACCUGGAAAUUAACAGAUUUUUUUUUAAGCAGUGAAGUCAAAAAUCUAUUACCU